AUGAAUAAUCAAAUAACAAAAAAAAAUUCUGUUAUGCAGGAUGUUGACUAUCAAUUUUCGAUAAUGUUACUUGGAGAUUCAUGCACUGGUAAAACAUGCUUACUUAUCCGUUAUAAAGAUGAUACUUUUAUGAAUAGUAAUUUUAUUUCAACUGUUGGGAUUGACUAUAGAACUAAAUAUGUUGAGUUAAAUAAAUAUAAAAUUAAAUUACAAAUUUGGGAUACUGCUGGUCAGGAACGAUUUAGAUCUAUAACAAACCAAUAUUAUAGAGAUGCUGAUGCACUUCUUCUUGUUUAUGAUAUAACUGUUAGAUCAACCUUUGAAAAUAUUCGUAAUUGGUUAUCUCAAAUUGAAGAAUUUGCUAAAGAUGGUUGUGUUGUUACAUUAGUUGGAAAUAAAGCUGAUUUAUCUGGGCAAAGAAAUGUUUCUUCAAGUGAAGGAAAAGAAUUGGCAAAGGCUUAUAAUAUUAAUUAUAUUGAGACAAGUGCAAAAACAGGCUUACGUGUCACUGAAACAUUUCAUGAUAUUACAAAAAAAUUGCUCAUAAGAGAUUUAUCACAAGAUAAAUCAACUGAUAUUAAUAAAAUAAAUCUUAACUCUUCAUCUUCUUCAUGGUAUUUAUCAUCAUGCUGUGAAUCUUUUUCACAAUGA